UGUUCUGUGCUUGAAAUACAGCUUCUGACUAUGGUAUGAAACUGCCAAUCCUGCGGUCCAAUGCAGAAGAUCAGAUCCUGUACCAGACAGAGCGUUACAAUGAGGAAACCUUUGGCUAUGAAGUUCCCAUCAAAGAAGAGGGUGACUACGUGUUGGUGUUGAAGUUUGCAGAGGUCUAUUUUGCACAGUCUCAACAGAAGGUGUUUGAUGUUCGCUUGAAUGGCCACGUCGUGGUGAAGGACUUGGACAUUUUUGACAGAGUUGGACAUAGCACGGCUCAUGAUGAGAUCAUUCCCAUGAGUAUCAAAAAGGGAAAACUGAGUGUCCAGGGAGAGGUUUCAACGUUCACAGGAAAGCUUCAUAUUGAGUUUGUAAAGGGCUACUAUGACAAUCCGAAAAUCUGUGCCCUGUACAUCCUGCAAGGAACAGUAGAAGAUGUUCCAAAGCUGCAACCACACCCAGGUCUGGAGAAAAAAGAGGACGACGACGAUGAGGAUGAAUAUGAUGAUGGUUCCAGCGUUAAAAAACAGGCAAAUAAGAACCGGGUUCAAUCAGGCCCACGCACACCAAACCCCUAUGCCUCAGACAACAGCAGCCUCAUGUUCCCUAUAUUGGUGGCCUUUGGUGUCUUCAUUCCUACCCUCUUCUGCCUCUGCCGGUUGUGAGAGCCCUACAGAGCAUCAGCCAAGGGGCUGGGAGGGAAGGAGUUGGACCAAACACGGUUGCUUUCAAUUUCUCCAUAUUGUUCAUAAUUUAAGGAAAACAAACAAACAAAAAAAAAAGGUGAUUCAUUUUGGAGUGAAUAGCAGGUCCAGGUAAGAGGAAGAAGCUUACCUUCCCCUUGCCAGCAAGCAGCAAGGCCCUUGCCUUCCCCGUCGCACCAUGUGCAGCCUCUGAUCCUCCCUGGGGCAUCCAAGAGUGAACUGAGUCCUGGCUGGCUGUGUGUUGGGCUAUUGGAAGCUGAUGGUAGCAGUCCUGGGCCACAUCCCAUACUGAAAGAAAGCUGUGUGCUGCGAGAUCUCUGCCUUUGCUGGGUGGAAUACAGUUCCCUAAGCCGGGAAGCAGCUCUUAUGACAAGGCCUGGGUACAUGUUUUGUCCAGGAGCACGGAAGUGUUGUGGUGCUGUUGGGUGACUAGCAACUAUGGAGAACAAAGGCUGGUUCUUCAGUAUCUCCCGGAAUGUGCAGCACGAUGUAUGGUACUCACCUGCGUAAAGAUACCGAGGCUCCAGCUGGCCACUCAGCCUCUGUGGAGAUGUUUCCCUUCCUAAGAGUGCAGACUGUGCCAGGAGAGGAGGAAUUUAUCUGGCCUGAUUUCCUGCACCAGUUGGGAGAGACUUUCCUAGUCUGACAAUUGUAAUGUUAGAUCCAUUGAAGAGGGAUUCCGCUGUAGCCUGCAAAAGGCACACGUUUGCAUCUGAUCAGAUGCACUUGUUUUCUGUAUUGAUUAUGGCUUUUGUUUCCUUUAGUAUUGUUUUAUUUUAAAAGGUUCAUUUUAAGCCCAGUUUCUUAUUUUGCCCCUUUUAGCAAGUGACCUGUCAUCAGAAGAAGCUAAGAAUCAAAUGGCCUAACGAGGAGGUCCUUGUUCCUUCAGCUUCCUACCAAUCAGUUCCCCUGCUGCCCUGUGACACAGGACAGAGUGGAGCAACCCUGGGGAUGCUCCUGAGAGCUUUCACUGUUGAACAGACCAGACCUGCCUGCAGUGGUGAGAAGUACAGAGCUGGUUAGCAUCUGCCCUCAGUGCAACCUUCUGCAUAUCAAGGGGCAGACGUCCGGCAUUUCAGUAUGAUAGCACAAGGUGAUUUGUUGCUCUCCAAAGAUCUGGAAGCAAGCUGAACACUGGAGGCAAGGCCCAUCAAUUUCCCUGUUGCUUGGUGACAGGCUGAUGAGCCAGGUCACCCACCUUCCCCAAGGGAUCUUUCUGCAAGAGUCUUCUGCUUCCACAUGUAGAGCCUGUGCCUGACUGAUAGUCUGAGCCCUCCCUGCACCUUCUGGCCUGGAGUUGCUGACCUUGAGGAGCUGGUUCCCAUGCUCUUGGCCUCUGAUGUGGCCAAGGAAGCAUUUGUGUUCAGGAGAAGGAUUUAGGCCAGGUGGGGCUGGGUCACCUUCAGUCCUGGUGAGCUUUACCUCAUGCUGUCUUGUUCUUCUAACUGCUCUCUUCCUGGUGCAGCUGCUCUGAGCCAUGUCCUUGCUGCUGCUCCUUCCUGCACCCGAGUUUUCCUAGCAGUUGUUCUCAGGUUUGAUGCUGUGCAGUGGCUCAGACUUUCUUUGAGCUGACAAGGGUCGGCAGAAUUUGAGGGGCAACCUUUCUGCUGGGCCAGAGCAGCUGAAGCCUUUACUUUUUCAUAGCCCUGAAGCUGUGAUAUGAGCUGUCAGCUCAUGGGCAGUGAAACAGGAGCUGGAGGUGUCACAGUGCUAAUGUCUGCAGCAGUGGUACUGAACCUUGGCUGGCUUUCUGGUAGCAUACAUCACUGCAAUGGGCCUGACCACCAUUCUGAGUGCUAAAAAGCAAACAAUUGAACUUCUCUCCAAUUGCUUAAGAAUAGACUGGCUGUUUCUAUUCGUGCUACUUGGAAGCAUACUUGGAAGGAGAAGGCAGACUUCACAGAGGGCAGAUCUUAAGAGCAAACCCAGGAAUGAAAGAGCAGUAAGCUUGAAGUUGUUCGCUUCAUCUUGUAGGUGCUGUUAAAAUCCUAGUGCUUAUACAAGUCUUCAGUAGGAGCUGUAUUUUGUUUAGAGGCAGUGCCUACAAAGAUUCCCUGGUGUUUUUUGGAUUGCUCUAACUGGAGCAUAGAGACAUUUAGAUCUUUAUCAGUCUGAGAAGCAUAAAGUGCCCUGAUUUGUUAAGCAAAGAACCUGGAUUUGAAAGCAGGCUUCUCUGUAAGGAGCUGUUCUCCUCCAGGCCUUGUAGGUUUUGGGUUAUUUUGGUUUGUUUUUUUUAUUUUUAUUUUAUUUUUAUUUUAUUUUAUUUUUUAGCAUCCUUGCAUCAGGAAGUCACUCAGCUUCUUGUUGCUCCCCUGGUAAUCUGUGCACCUUGCAGCAGAGCAUGGGAACAGGCCUGUGCGUGUAGGUGUGCCCUACUCUUGUAGGAUACUUUAUCCCUGCCUCUUGCCAAGCAGGGAACCUCAUUGGUGCCAUCAGCCACCCUAAGGCAAAGCUGUGCAGAGUUUGGUCUGUUGUGUUCUGCUUUCUCUCAGUUCAAAUGAAUUUCUCUUGUUUGAAUAGGAAUAUGGAAUAGAAAUGGUUCAGUCUUCUUGGCUUCAGCUUAGUUGUUUCGGCUCUGGCUUUAUGCAUUUUUGUCACUGCUGUGAAGCUGGUGUUAGCUCUCCAGGUGAUCGGGGAGUUUCUGAUCUCUCAUGGUGAUGAGAGUGGUUUUCUUUGUUGAUCCAUCCUCUCACAGCAGGUCUGGCUCAGACAGAGCCGUCAAACAAAGCAUGUGGGGACACAGGAGGACAGUAUGGGGAGGACACACUCAGUCUGGCUUUCCUUGUCAUCCGUCUGGCACCUGCAAGCCAGCCAGAUGGGUGUGAUAAAGUACCUGGCCUGAUAUGGGGAAGGAAACAUUUGGGCUGGCUGUGAUUUUCCAGCAGGGGUGAUUGAGGGAAUGUCCAAGGCAGUGUUUAACUGAAGGCAGUCAGAAAUAAGGCUCUUCGUGCUUUGUUGCAGAGCUCAGCAGGCAAAUGUAGAGUGUGUCUCUGUGCAAUAGUGUGGGAAGCAGGACCAGAACAGAGCCUGGCUUGGUGGUUGGAGUAGUUGUGCAGAGAGAGGCAGGUAAGGCAAUUUGAAUAGAGCUUCCCCUUGGUAAAGGUGAGGCAAUGCUGCUGAUCAUGUUCUGGGCCAGGAUCCAGCCCCAGGAUAGUGCUGGUUGAAUUACCCCUCCUCAGCCCCUCUGCUCUAUCCUGGGGAUGCAGAGGCACAGCUGGCAGUUGUCUCACAGCUUGUGCUCUCUGCUUUGCUACCUUCAUGCAGGCUGUUCUUCAUGUCUGUGUGUGUACCUACAACAACAGCUCGGACCCUUUUGAGUAUCCCAGGUGGCACGGAGCAGAAAGCCAAAUGAAUUCCCAUCUUUUUGGUGCCUUUGUGUCGGGCUUUGAAUAAAAGUCCAUUUGAAGAAGCUUUUUUUUCUUUUUCUUUUUUUAUUUUAUUUUUUAAGGAGCUUCUGGGUUGUGGUGUUUUUUGCCCAAGGGACAGUCCCUGUCCAUGUGCUCAGCUGCAGGCUGUCUCACUGUCCCUUGAUCCAGCUCUGGGGGUCAAAGCUGAAUCACAGAACUGUGAGUGAGAAUCUUUGGUUCCAGCCCUCGAAGUCAAUGGGGAAAAAGGCGUAGCAGGGGACAGAAGAACUGGAAGAGCUCUUCCAGAUCUCAUCUGCCCCAGGAAUCACCUGGGGUGGGAUGGGGAGCUUCUAGACAGUCUGGUGCCUGCGUGUCUGCACAGCUCAGAGCAGAGUGAGGUGCAGCUGUGUGCUGGUAGUCCUUUGGUGCUCAAGGCUUCUGACUGCAGAGCUUGGCUGGGCUCCUCCUGCUCCCUGGUCUCACCUGCCGAGGGCUUCCCCUGCCCCAGGGAGCAGAGGCCCAUACGUGUCCCUUGGCCUUCCUUUGCAUUGAAGUGAGGUGGCGACGGCCACCUCUUGGUCUUGGUGUUGGAAGCCUGGCUGAGCAGGCCCUUUGUUGAUGGAAAACAGCAGCAGGAGGGAGAUGACCAGCAGAGCAGCUACAGCCCUCGGUGCGAGCCAGAUUCUGAGCAGCUGCGAAGCACUGAGUGUUUCAGGCUCUGUUUGGUGCUUCAGUGUGGGAGAGAUCUGUCUGCUUCGUGCACUCGUGGUGGGGAGGGAAAUAUCCUUGCUGAGAAUCCAAGGGAAAUGGGAGCUGGGCCAGCACUGAGCUCAUUUACCUACCGGCGUUUCUGCAUCUCUACAACAAAUGCCAAAGUCUAAUACAAUUCAAGGAUGCUUUUUUUUUUUUUUUUUUAAUUUUGUCAGCCUGGUUCCACCAGUCUGUCCUCUCCAGCUGGUCCCACAGUACUCAAUGGCACGGCCACAACACUGGGCUGGAGCUGCUGGGGCUCAGGAACGUGGUUGUGCGCAACAGGCCUCCUGUGCUGCUCCUGCUUCGUGCCGGGCUGGGGCACGUGUGUGUGUUCUGCUUGGUCCCAAUGGGCUUCAUCCCGUGGUGCUGGCACGGGAGAGCUGAUAGCAGGUCCAUGUCUUCCGGGACUCUGGCUUGCUCAGAGUUUAUUGCUGUAUAUUAAAUACUAUUUUUGGAGAUUGGGGGGUAGGUGUGGGAGGGGGAGGGGUGAGGCGGUGCUGUCCCCAGGCUGAGCAGUGGGACUGCUGCAGGUUCUUCGAUAGGUUCUGAUUAUUAUUAUUUUUUUUCCCAAAAAGUGCUUUAUUUAAAAAUACAAAAAUAAAAAAAUAUAUUAAAAAAUAAUAAUAAUAAUAAAUCAACGACAGAAGUGCUUUCCUCCCAUGUAGAAACAGCGCUGGUCGAGUAGAAAAUGGGAAUGAUCUUUUGCAAACGUCAGAGGUCUCUGCUGGAGAGUUUGUGUGAGGGAGGGAUGAAGGCGAGGGGCAAAGUGCAGCGCUGUGCUGGGUGGGUGGGGGUCGGAGGAGGGCGAGCUGUGCCCCCUGCACCCAUCGCAUGGCGGGGGCCGUGCCUGUCGUGCCGCGCUGCUCUGUGCUGCAGCCAGUUUUCAUCUGGAAACCCGAUGGUGACAUGGGAGAGGAAUGUUUCGUGUCUCUGGGGGGCUUUCCUGCAUCGUGCUGCAGCUGCCCCGCUGGCGCUGAGGGUCGCCGUGUUCCCGGGGGUUCUGUGUUACCGCAGCUCGUUUUAGUGGUUGGGCCCUGGGUGAAAAGCACAGAUGUCUGUUUGUGAUCGCGGGGGCUUUGCGGAGUUGAGGGCGGGCUAUCUUAUUUUUGGUACUCGGUAGCUGCUUUAUUUUUGCAUUUCCCCACGGCGUCGGGCGGAGGGGAUGUUCUAAAAUCCACUGCCCGGCGGUUUCGACCGGCAGCGCGCGGAAGGCAAAUAAACGGAAUUCUAUUGUC